AAAGAUCCUGACCAGACUGCGCGGAUGCGCAGGCUGGUCUGGAUCCAUGCUGGUCGCAAAGCCGCUAUGUUGGUUUUCUCAUGGUGUGGCUCAUAUUUUGUUAAGUUAAAUACAUUUGAUGAGGAUUUUCUACAUUUGAAGAAAAUAUGUUAAGAUAGAAAUUUUUUAAUGAAAGGUAGGCAUUGGAUAUCUUUAACCGUAAAUUUCACCACUGAUGUUUUUAGGUGUAACUUUUGCAGUAUUUAUUGUGGGGGGAACACUCAGUUUAGAGAUGAAAUUGGGAGUCAAUUUAGGGAAAACAUUGGGUGUCAGUGUGGGGCUAAACUUUAGUCCCACUGGCAUAUAGUAUUUCAAAGCUAAAAUUCCCAAUUGAAAACUUGAAAAAAAAACAAAAAAACAUGAAAAUUUUUACAGUUUUUCUUGAGAACGCAGAAUUGGAAGAGUAUACUCGUGUUUAGUGGUGUAGCAUAAACAAGAGGUCCAUGUUAACCCUUGAACUUCACCCAAGUUCACAGCUCUGAAAUGUUACUCAGUUGAGAGAGCUCGUUUAAUUUUGGGUUGAGAAUUGCCAAGGAAAAUAUUUUGGAAUUGGGUCAACUUCUUCUGUCAGACAAGAUUUCAAAAUUUACACUGUAUACAUACAUACAUGUAGCUAAAAGCAACCACACCAUCUGGUAGCCAUUUUGUUUGAUAAAUCAGAGUAACUGUAAUAACAUUAUGGCAGCAGCUUUUGACAUGAAGAUGUUAUGGUAAAUCAAUGGAUAAGGACUAAGAUACGUGUAUGCAUAUUUUGAAGGUCAUGAUAUAAUAUGAAUCUUCAUUUCGGUGUUAAAAUGUAUGCUUUUGCAUUAAAUAUCGUAUUUGGUGAUGCCAGUAUGAUGAAAGGAUGAUGAUGUCACUUGCCCAAAAUGGUUGCUGUUUCAAAAAUGGCCUCCAUUUCAUUAGAUGGAAAAUACUCAGAUGGCUGCAGCUUUUUUGUUUAUAGCCUGAUUUUCAUCAUUUUUUCAGUAGGUUUAUUGUUUUGCCAAUCCUCUGAUGAAUUUAAGUAUUUUCAAAUAUUGCAAAUUCCCCUUGAAUUUUUUCCUUUCAUCGGCUCAUCACAGGUUCAGUAUUUUAUCAUAGGAAUGUUCUUACAUCACUCCAGUUUCAGACACCUUUUGAUUGCUUCAUGUUUGGAUUUUAUAGAACUUGGCACAAAUAUUUGUCAGAACACUGUGAUGUGUAGUGCACAGUACUGCAAACACAUUUCAUUUUUCAUGGUUUUUGCCCCAAAAACUGCAGUUUCAUGAUGAUAUGUCUUUGUGGAUUUAAAUGAUUGAAGGUACUAUAAAAGGAGCUCAUAUUUCUUCACUUGGAUUUAAUUUUUUUGAAUUGAUUCAGCUAUGAAAUAAAAAAAAAUUAGUCCCCAUGAUAUUAAUGUUUUCAUAAUAUCCUUUACACUAUCAACAGUGUACAGUAUAACUGACCCCUUUAUAUAAGGUCAAGGUAAGAAAGUCUUGAUAUAUGCUUCAAGUAUUUAUGUGUACUGUAUGCUGGGGUCAAGAUCAGGAGAAAUAUAAUGUGACAUUUACCAAUCUAUGGGAUGAAUUAGCUUGAGAAAGUAUGACAACUUUUGAAUAGGCUUCACUGUUUUAAUGCUGCUUUCCUCAAGGUCAAGGUCAGUAUGAGUCAAAUGGUUGCAUAUAAGUUUGGUGUGCCAUAAGACCCAAAUAUAUAAAUAAAUAAAUAAGUUUGUAUAAGGUCAGGAUCAGCCUGAAAUUAUGUAUAAGGUCAGUAAAAGUUGGAAGAUUAUGUAAAAGUUCAUGGGCAUUAUGGGUCAAAAUGUUGUGUUAAAGGUCAAGGUCAGUAUGGGUCAAAAGGUUGUGUGUAAGGGCAAUCUCAGUAUUGGUCAAAAGGUUAUUUAUAAGGUCAAGGUCAGUACUGGUCAAAAGGUUGUGUAUACGGUCAAGGUCAGUAUGGGUCAGAAGGUUUUGUUUAAGGUCAAGGUCAGUAUGGGUCAAAAGAUUGUGUGUAAGGGCAAUCUCAGUAUGGGUCAAAAGGUUGUGUAUAAGGUCAAGGUCAGUAUGGGUCAAAAGGUUGUGUGUAAGGGCAAUCUCAGUAUGGGUCAAAAGGUUGUGUAUAACAUCAAGGUCAGUAUUGAUCAAAAGGUUGUGUAUAAUGUCAAGGUCAGUAUGAGUCAAAAGGUUGUGUUUAAGGUCAAUGUCAGUAUGAGUCAAAAGGUUGUGUAUAAGGGCAAUCUCAAUAUGUGUCAAAAGGUUGUGUAUAAGGUCAAGGUCAGUAUGGGUCAAAAGGUUGUGUAUAACAUCAAGGUCAGUAUGGGUCAAAAGGUUGUGUGUAAGGGCAAUCUCAGUAUGGGUCAAAAGGUUGUGUAUAACAUCAAGGUCAGUAUUGAUCAAAAGGUUGUGUAUAAUGUCAAGGUCAGUAUGAGUCAAAAGGUUGUGUUUAAGGUCAAUGUCAGUAUGAGUCAAAAGGUUGUGUUUAAGGUCAAUGUCAGUAUGAGUCAAAAGGUUGUGUUUAAGGUCAAGGUCAGUAUGAGUCAAAAGGUUGUGUUUAAGGUCAAGGUCAGUAUGAGUCAAAAGGUUGUGUUUAUGGUCAAUGUCAGUAUGAGUCAAAAGGUUGUGUUUAAGGUCAAUGUCAGUAUGAGUCAAAAGGUUGUGUUUAAGGUCAAGGUCAGUAUGAGUCAAAAGGUUGUGUUUAAGGUCAAUGUCAGUAUGAGUCAAAAGGUUGUGUUUAAGGUCAAGGUCAGUAUGAGUCAAAAGGUUGUGUUUAAGGUCAAGGUCAGUAUGAGUCAAAAGGUUGUGUUUAAGGUCAAGGUCAGUAUGAGUCAAAAGGUUGUGUUUAAGGUCAAGGUCAGUAUGAGUCAAAAGGUUGUGUUUAAGGUCAAUGUCAGUAUGAGUCAAAAGGUUGUGUUUAAGGUCAAGGUCAGUAUGAGUCAAAAGAUUGUGUAUAAGGGCAAUCUCAAUAUGGGUCAAAAGGUUGUGUAUAAGGUCAAGGUCAGUAUGCGUCAAAAAGUUUUUAUAAUGUUAAAAAUCAGUAUGAGUCAAAAGCUACAUAAAAAACAUUGUUCAUUUUCCAAGCUGUAGCACGGAUAAUUUCUCUCAAAUUUAGCAGUCGAUGAAUGUGAGUUGUACAUCCAGUUCUCAAGAACACAUACGUUUUGCAUGUAGUACUGGUGAUUGCAAUAAAUUGUAACAGAUAUCUAUACCCUUAUACCAUAGAAUCAGUCAUUUGUUGUUUUGUAAAUGACCUUUGUUUCAUUGCCAAACUCAAAAUCAUUGUUAAAGUUUUUCAGUUAAAGUUGAAUUCUGAUAACUUUUUAGUCACUUGAUUUAUAUGAUGUGCACGUACCCUACAGAUACUAAGGUAACUUAAAAGAAAUUUGAAAUAUCGAGUUGAAAAAAACUAUUGACUGUCAAAGCAUUGUGCAAAAUUUUCAACGAUUAAUUAAAAAUCUGUCAGUCUGGAUUUGACUUAAUUAUAAACCCCAGGAAAAUUGCAUAAAAAAUUGUUUGUAAAAUAUUUUGGAUGGAAAGAAUGUCUGGUUAUGCUAGAAAAGGUAUACACAAUGUUUUGACUUCUGUUUGCAAUAUGUGGUAAGCAGUUUUUUUAUACUAUUUUAAUUUCAUUAAAAUUUACAAAGCAGUGUCGGUCAGGGCAUUAUGCUACCCCUUUAAAGGUUGUAUUGUUUUUCACAAACAAGUGCUAUCUAAAUAUUUCAGUUUUGUAUGAUUAUGUUUGUCUGUAAGUCUUCCUGAGUGAAAUAUGAAAUUUAUACAGUCAAAUCUGUAUUAAGCAGCAAGCUAAGGGAACAUCACAUUUAGGCUGCCUAUAGGUAGCGGACUGUUAAUGACUAUCAGAAAAUUAUUCUCUGUGCGAUUUUGCCAUUUUUCAAUUUUUACCAGAAGGUAUAUGCUCAUUCAGAAACUACAUCUGUAGGAUACCAAAAUGCCUGAUUGGGAUGCAUGUAUGUAAACAUACCGAAAUUGCUGAGUGUCCUUAUGGGUCCACUACCUUAACCUUAGUCUACUAAUUUUCUAAAUUGGACUGGUCCAUCAUUCAGUUUGGGCAGUGCCACUAAUUAUUCGAUGGGUGUUCACUGAAAAUUCAUUGACUGAAUAGCGAAUAGUGCAGACCAUGAUCAGACUGCACGAAUGUGCAGGCUGAUCUUGGUCUGCACUGGUUGCAAAGGCAGAAUCAAUUGCCACCAGCAGGCUAAAGGUUAAGACAAGUUGAAAUAUUGGAACAAAAAGUCAGCUUGGGAAGUUAGUUGACUGGCUGCUUAAGGCAAUAUCAGUGACCACUAAGGCGGGUUUAACUGGAAACGUUUUCAACUUUAAUGAAUUUUUGACUUAACUGAUGAGAAUUUGUGAUCUUUAUUUAUUAAGACUACUGUUUACCUCAGUUGUUAUAUACAUUCACAUUUAUAUGUUUAUAUAUUAUUCCAUGAUAGGACCUCUGACAGUUUUCAAACUAAUUUUCCUCAGAAUUUGCCAAAAAAAAAAAAAAAAUCAGGAAAGAUAACAUGUGGCCAGUAUAGUUAAUUUAAUAAACUUUAGAUUCCAAAAAUAUUUAAUUUGAAAUUAAUUGUUAUGGUGUUGUUUUGAGGCCAAAACAAUGAUAUUUUUAUUGUGCAUGGAAAAUGUAUUUUUAAAAAGAAAAAUUUCCCCCCCAUUGCCCAACCUUAUCAUUUUGCAAUGACUUUAAACGAUACGUGUUAAUUUGAGGUUUGGGCAAUAUAGUCUAAUCAAGUCGUAACUGAACAAUUUUACACAUUAUAAUAAGCAAGUAAAUACUGUUUAUAAAAAUGAAUGCAUUCAGAGAAAACAUAAAAAUCAAAUUAGAAUAUUUAGUCUUUUUGAAAAAAAAAGCAAGAUGUUUCGACAAUUAUUCCAGAGAUUUGCGUUAGUAACAUUAGACUUAGGAAUGAUAACAAAUAUAGGCAUACCUGUAUGAAGCAGUAAUCCAAGGUAGCAAUGCAAUCUGGCUGCUGCUUAAAGACAGGUAGAAAUUAGAACAAAAUGUCUAUUUGAGAAUUUAGCUGACUGGCUGCUUAAAGCAUAUAGCUAGCCUGCCUGCUUUGCUAAAUAGGGAGAGUGCAGGUCUAUAGGCUUCGGGUUUGUGAGUUCGAGCCCUGGGCAAGGUGUAUGUUCUCCUUGACGAUUUGAUAAAAGACAUUGUAUCUGAAAUCAUUCAUCUUCCACCUCUGUUUAUGUGGGGAAGUUGGCAGUUACUUGCGGAGAACAGGUUUGUACUGGUACUGAAUCCAGGAACACCAGUAAGGUUAACUGCCCGCCGUUACAUAACUGAAAUAAUGUUGAAAAAAAACAGCGUUAAAGUUAAAACACAAAACAAACAAGUAAGGCAAGUAGCUGGUUGAUGCAUGUGGCUGCUUAGACAGGUUCAACUGUAUAACUGAUGACUUUGAGUGGAUUUUACACACUGUCGAAAAUUUAAGCAGAUUUCAUUUUAUAAAACUGUCAGAGGUUCUUACUGAAGUUAUAGGCCUAGGUUUAGACAACUUUGAUUAUGAAACAAAAUGAUGUUGUAUUAAAUUUUUGAAAGAGA